CCCCCCACCCUGCGCGCCCCGGAGGGCCCGGAGCGAGAGGGGCUUCUGGACGCCGAGAUGGCCGAUGAGAUUGACUGGCUGGACUUGCCCGGCCGGUGGACCUACGGAGUUGACCGCGGGGGGAGAGUCUUCUUCAUCAAUGAUGAGGAAAAGUCAACCAGCUGGGUGCACCCUGGCACGGAAUCUGCCAUCCAGAGUGGACACUCCUCCAGCCCAGGAUUGCCCAAGGGCUGGGAGAUGGAUUCUACCCAGGAAGGAGCUGUGUAUUUCAUCAACCACAAUGAACGACAGAACACAUUUCUACACCCAGUGACUGGCCAGGUCCCAGAAGAAAACAACAAAUUUAACUUGAAAAUAUCGUCUUUGGACAUGUCCAAUAAAGCAGGUGGAAAACGCCCGGCUAUCACCAACAGUGACGUAUCCAACCACAACAUGGUGUCCGAGGUCCCCCCAGAGCGGCCCAGCGUCCGGGCAACCCGAACAUCCCGCAAGGCCAUCGCCUUUGGGAAGCGCUCACACUCCAUGAAGCGUAAUCUCAAUGCACCUGUCACCAAGGCGGGCUGGCUCUUCAAACAGGCCAGCUCCGGGGUUAAGCAAUGGAACAAGCGCUGGUUUGUCCUGGUGGAUCGCUGUCUCUUCUACUACAAAGGUGAGCUUGCCUAUUCUCCUGGGGCUGGCCGAGGCCGCAGGAAGGCAGAGUUCUGGGUGCUGCUGGGGGACACGGUGGGCAAAGAGUGA